UCCAAGCGCCUUCAUUUCACAAUCCCACCAACGCAGAGAAGAAGCAUUGAAGCGCAUCUGAGCAACAGCGCUGCUGGGAUUGUGGUUAAAAAGGGACCUGGCAGGCAACGUUUCAGCAGUAAAAACAACGUAAUUCAGGUCGUUUUCACGAGCUUUUUUUCCCUCCCUAAUGCCGAAUGAUACCUCCAGAGAAACCAGUUAGAGAAACGAGACCGAAGCCUGGAAGCCGCUGCGCUGUUAGCGGGCUUAGCUUAGCUUAGCUUAGCCUGCUCCAUCCGCUACAUAGCGCCGAACAAAGAAGGAGCAAAACACACAAUUCACACGCUUUCAGCUCUAAAACGUCUGCGUAAAGAUUCGAGAAGAAAACUGACAUGAUGUUUCCACAAUCCAGGCACUCGGCUUCAUCACAGCAGCUGAAGUUCACGACGUCAGACUCCUGUGACCGCAUUAAAGAUGAGUUCCAGUUCCUCCAAGCACAAUAUCACAGUCUAAAGUUAGAAUGUGACAAACUUGCCAGUGAGAAGUCGGAGAUGCAGCGUCAUUAUAUCAUGUACUAUGAGAUGUCGUACGGAUUGAACAUUGAAAUGCACAAGCAAGCAGAGAUUGUGAAGAGAUUAAAUGCAAUCUGUGCUCAAGUCCUGCCUUACCUGUCUCAAGAGCACCAGCAGCAGGUCCUGGGAGCUAUAGAAAGAGCCAAGCAGGUCACACCACCAGAGAUGAACUCUAUUAUCCGGCAGCAGCAGCUUCAAGCACACCAGCUCUCCCAGCUGCAGGGACUGGCCCUGCCUGUGACCCCACUCCCUCUGGGCCUUAGUCAGCCGAGUGGCCUGCCCAAUGUCACCUCCAGCUCUGCCCUCUUCUCCCUCUCCAGCAUUCUGGCAUCACAGGCCCAGCUCGCCAAGGAGGACAAAAGUGCCAGAGACGCCUCAGACGGGCACCGUGACGAGGACGCCGACAAGUCAGACUAGACGCCACUCCUCUGCUUCUGCUUUUGGCUGUGACCUCAUCCUCCAGUGCUCGCGUACAUCACAAGCGCAUUGUCUCUUUUUCUUUGUUCUAUUUGCUGUAAAUUGCUAUUGUGACCUUGAUCAUUUGUUUUUGAUCAUUCCACUAGCUUUAUAUUCAGCAGUCCACCGGUUUUUUUUUUGUUUUUUUUUUUUGUUUUUUUUUAUUUUUUUUUAAAUAUUUUUACUAUAUAUUUAGUUAUUUUUCUGUCCUCUCUCUCAGAGUGUAUAUGUAUAUAUCUCUAUGUGCUAUCUAUUCCAUAUUCUGCUUCGUCUCAGCAUGGCCAUCUAGCUCCACUGAGGCACCACCAGUGUUUCUUUGAGCACGGUUUUAUCUCUCCCUACUUUGUUUUCUCCUGAAGAGAUUCUUUUAUCCUUUACCUUUUGAAGGCGCACAUUUUAACGCUGACAGAAUGAAGAGAAAAAGGAUUGAACGUAAUGAAGGUCAGCGGUAGUAUGUGAACUGAACUGUAGAACGCAUGCUUGAUUUUCUGCAGCAUUUUUUGGUAUGGGUGUAGAUUAACUCUAUAAAUAGCAGUUAAAAUGGCUUGCAGUGACUUAUGAUGAAGUGGCUUACUGACUUUUUAAAGGAAUAUUUUUAACAAAACCCACUUUUACAUUUAUUAGAAUGCUUUAGCCGAUCAUUUACUAUUAGCCUAUGAUCUGAUUCUUUAGUUUUGCACUGGACAUUAGCUGGAACGUUAAUAAUGGAGACUACCUUUCCCACACUCAAACACAUUUUCAAAUAUUCAUAUAAUAUUUGCCCCAAGCAAUAUUGCUAGAGUAUCUGGUCCCCUUUUAAUUAACAUUUUUAUGGAAGGAAUGUCCAUAUUUACUACAUAAUUCCACAUACUUCCAAUUAGAUAUUUUGGCAAGGCUUGAUUUUCCUAACAAUAGUACCGGAAUUAAUUCAAGAUAUCGUUUCUGUGUCAACAACUUUAACAGGGACUUAUAUGAUGUUGAUAUUUAAAAAAAUAAAAAUUAAAAAAGUAGAAUCAUUAAUAUGUUCUGAUAAUUAUGAAGCUUCCAAUGUACACAAUUUUAACCACAUUACUGAAAUUUCUUCAUAUGGUUUUCAGGUAAAUGUGUAAUUAUAAGGUAUAUUUACAAUAUACAGUUUGGGUAAAAUAAUAAAGAUUUUGUGUAAUUGAUUUACUUUUUCCCCCUCAAAAUAUUCCUUUAAACUGCCAGAGGAGUUAAUCAGUGGUCACUGCAGGGUCACACAGAGAUUGUAGAUUAGUGAUAUUUGCUAGACUUGAAAUGACCUACAACUUUUCUGGCCCCUGUUUUUUUCCCUAUAUAUUUACCUGUUUAAUGUGUGUGGAUUCUGAAAGUGUGUUUGUUUUUUCUCACUGUCGUAGACGGAGAGCAUUUAGAGUUUAGCAUCAUUAAUCAGAACAGCUAACCCUCUCACCAAGUGAAGGGGCCAACUGUUUGAAAAAAUCUGAUCUUUUUUUUUAUGGUAUUAUCUAUAACUGUCGAUUUGGUAAAAAAUUGUGUUCGAUUGUGUUUUUCCUAGAGCUACAUGGAAAAAUAAUAUGGUGGAAAAAUUGUAUAUGAGAAAUGAGAAGCACUUUCUCUCUGCAGAUUUCUCCUGUUAGAUGCAUGCAAGUUAUAUUUUAAAAAAAAAAAGUUAAAUGAAAAAGCACACAAUGUACGAGGCCCAAGGACCCUCGUAUUCCAAAACUAAAAGAGAGCACAUUGUGUUUUCUUUAAGAAAACCCAAGUAACAUUUUUGAUAAUUUCUCUAGAGGUCCUGAGUAAGCCUUUAAAUUUUUUGCAAAUCUGAUAUUUACUGUCUUCUGUUGUGCCUUUUGUCCAGAAUGAAAUUCUUUCUUUUGACCAAUAGGGGGCAGUAAGCAACCAGCAUCUUCUGUGACAGCCGCAAUCAUGAUCUCUGAUUUUUAUUUUUUAUUUUUAAACCUUUUUAACCUUUACACAAAAAUUAUUUUUCUUUUAUUUUGCAGAAUGAGAUUAGCGAUGCAUCUAAAUGAAAUGCACAUUUAUCCAGUCAGCUCUAAGUAAGCUGCUUAUUAAACUUUUAAAAAACUAUUUGUGUAUUAAUUCAUUUUAUUUGACUGAAAACCUGCAGUCAGAGGUGUUUUCUUUCUUUCUUUCUUUCUUUUUCUCUUCUUGUCGUUCAAUUCCAUUGCCCAUGCAGCCUGAAGUCUAUGUACAGGACAUCACUGUGAGUUUGCUUUCUUUUCAGUGUAGCCUGUUUUCUUUCUUGAUAGGAAAAAUAACAUACUAAACUGAAUACCGAGUACUGGAACCAAAUCCACAUUUUAUGUUCAUGUACUGCUUCUAUAUGUUUGUUGCAGUGUAACAAUGACUGUACAGGUGUAUACUUUUUUCUUUUUCCUUUUUUUUUAUGAUGCAGGCCAUUUAAGUACAUCUCAUGCAAGACUGCUGUGACUUUGUUUAUUAUUUCUCUCAUUUGAUAUAUUUGUUGUAGAGCAUGUGUUUGCUUUAGAAUCACUUUAACUAUCUGCAUAAAUGGCCGUUUUAAUCUGCUGCCACCAACAACACCUAGAAACAGUCCCAGUUCUCAACCUAUUGAACGUCGUUUUAACGUUGGGAACACUGUCAGUUUGUAUUUAUAUCCUCACGAGACCCCACUGUGUUGUACAAGGACAUCACUUUCUGUUCUCAAAUGAAUGUGUUUGUACGUACAUCACAAGCUAGUAAAUAAUAAAGAGAUGUAAACACACAACACAGCUCAGGUCUCAAGAGGAUAUAAAGGCAGCAGGAUUUACUGUGGCGACAAAAUCCUGGUUUGAUAUGAAGAAAAAAGGGGAAGUGAAAAUCUAGUUGUGCUAGUGUAAAAGUGGCAGAUUGUAUAACUUACCAAUGUGCUUGAGGAUGACUUGCUACAUAUGCUUACUCGCAUACAUUAUUCCAAUAGGCCCCCUCCCCUUGUUUUUUAUUAAAUGGCAAGCCCCUGUGUGGAUAUGUAGCCAGACGGAUGUCGAGAUUUCUUCUGAUGAAUUAAUUGUAGGUGUUUAUCUCCUAGAUGCAGUGGGGGACAGUAAAUGUGUUCUGUUCUACAUGGAUCUAGAGCGUUAAGUGUCCACUGAUCCAUCUCUAUUACUGAGCUUGAGUGAUUCUGAUUUAGAAGACCUUAUGACCCCCCCGGAAACUCCUCCCACUUCCCACUCUUUUUCUUCCCCAAUCAUUGAUUGCCCUCUGCUUGAUCACUUGCUUUUAUUUCCAUAAUGCAUUGUAAGCAUUUUGUGCUUUGUAAAAAAAAUUUACCUCUUUUUUUUCUGAUUAUAGUACAAUCUAAAGAUCAAAAAUAACAGUGUUAUACAAAAGCCUGAGGAUGAAAUAACAAACACACAAAGUAACAUUUUACUUUAUAUAAAUGGAUAUUUCUGCAGUAAGGAAAUGCUGCUGGUGCCUUACAAAUAAAAUCAGAUCAGUGGAGGAAA